UCAUUACACGGUGAAGAAGAGAAUAAACAUGUCAAUCUCGUUUAUAAGCCUGUCAAUUCUGUUGAUGGUGUUAAAAAAAAUUGUUUUACGGGUCUUUCAGUGUUUACAUCAAAAUCAAGUAUAAAUAGAAUUGCAUAUCAUUCAAUUUAUCUUGUUUCAAAUAAUUAUAACACAGCAAGAAAAUGUUAUAUUUGGAAGACUAUUUGGAGAUGAUCGAACAUUUACCCCAAGAAUUACGAGAUCGUUUUACCGAUAUGAGAGAAAUGGACUUAGGCAUACAUAACAAUAUGGAUGAACUUGAAAAACGGGUUAAGAUCUUCUUCAAUGAUUGCAAGAGAUGCCCUGGAGAAAAUUUGCCCCAGAACCUUGAUUCAGAAUAUCAGGCCAUUCGAAAAGAGUACUACAAAACAUUAGAAGAUGCUGACGAAAAGGUUACUUUAGCUGGUCAAAUGUACGAUUUAGUCGACAAGUAUUUACGAAGACUAGAUUCAGAGUUGCAUAAGUUCAAAUGCGAACUAGAAGCUGAUAAUAAAGGUAUAACAGAGGUAUUAGAAAAACGUUCUUUAGAAUUAGACACACCUAACAGCUCGCCGAGUAUUUCGUCGCUACAGCAGAAAGAGAACCGCUAUGAGAGUGUGACUAGUAGUUUCAGGUAUACACGACCUAGGAGUGAGAAAAGGAGGGAGAGUAACGUGGUACUACCUUCACAGUUAGUGGAAAAAAGGCAGGUCGUUGCUGCAGUUCCACCUACUAUACCUGCUCCUAUAAUGGAGACAAGACAUACCGUCUCGUCUCAUUCGCAACCCACACCACCUGCAACGACUGCUAUCAGUUACAACUUGGGCCAUAGCCUAGGGGCAGGACCAGCUAUUGCUGCUGCCGCAUCUCAAGCUAUUGCUGCUACUCAGCAGAUGCAGCAGGGCCGUAGAACUGCAAGCCUGAAAGCUUCUUACGAGGCAAUAAAUACCGGUUCACACGGACACGAGUUCAGUAUUGGCAGAGAAUUAGCAGGGGCAGCACAAACAGCCAUCCAAGCCAUACAGCAGGAUCAUGCUAACAACAAAAAGAAACAAAAGAAAUGGCAUAGUAGUAGCACGGGUAGUAGUACGUCGUCUUCAUCGGUUUCUACAGUUGUUCAGGCUGCUGUGACUCCAACCGUGGUGACUCCAGCUCCGGAAUCACCAAAUGUUGAGGUAUCUAAUCAAAAUGCCGAGGUGACCGACGGAGAAUGGACAUACGAUCCGAACGAACCUAGAUACUGUCUUUGUAACCAAGUAUCGUAUGGCGAUAUGGUAGCUUGCGAUAAUGAAGAUUGUCCGUCGGAAUGGUUUCAUUAUCCGUGUGUUGGUAUAACUGCUCCGCCAAAAGGAAAAUGGUUUUGUCCCCAAUGUACAUCAUCGAUGAAACGUAGAGGAGGUAGAAAAAAUUGAUGAAACCUUCAUUUUAAUGAAUUUUGUAGUGUAUGGAUGAUUGUGUAUGCAUGAAAUAUUGCUAAUGUUCAUUAGGUUUGUAUAGAAUACUUAUCUAAGCUAUACGUGACACUGAGUACUUGUGUCUUCAUAUUUUUUCAUAGUGGAAAAGCAGCAGUUAGUUUGUAUGAUCUCCAUUUUGUAAAAAAAAUCAUUCAUCAGCCAAAAAGGAUUUCCCAAGCCUUUUGAAAAUUUACACGAGUUCAGGUAUGUUAUUCUUAUAGAUUUACCAAUGCAGAGUACAGAUUUCUUCAACAAAAUUUGUCUCAUCUCUUAGGGUUUCUGUAAAAUUUCAAUCCAAAUGUCUAAACUUUCCAAAGUUAAGUUGAAUUGUAUAAUAAUAAUAAAAAUAAACGUUUUUGUUGGUAGACAAUUAUUACAAAUUCUUUAUCGAAACUCUACAAAAAGUGACGCCAAAGGGCAGGGUUCAACUCCUCUCUGAAAGGAGUUGUUCUUCCACCCAUCCCGAAUAUAAGCAUUGAAAUAUAUUAAAUACAGGGUGGCCCAUUGAAAAUGUACUGCAAGCAAAACCACCAGAGAAAGUACAAAAAUGUCAAGUUUGUUAGCUAGAGUGGAAAGUUCAGAUCUAAAAUCCACUGCAAAACCUUCAACCCUCCACUUUGGUAGGUAGAAUUACAACCCCUGAUUUAAAAUGAAUCUAUUGAAAACACACAUAUCGUUUUCUGGCAGUACUUAUGGAAUGUUUUUGUUGUCCACCCUGUAUAAUGUAUUUAUGAAGGGGAGGAUUGGAACGCUUCUUUCGAUGAGGCCCCCCUCAUUGUAUUUUUCCUUUUUUUGAUAUUCUACUGGAUUCCUCGAGUUUUAAUCUUAGCGUUUGCCAAAAUUGAUGUCAUAGUGUUUUUUUGUAAUGAUUAUGUAGUGUAUCUGUCAAACAUUUGUGAAUUCAUAAAAAUAAAAAAAAUGGUGUC